CCCUAUCACGUGUCGGUGUCGCUAUCCUCAGAAUCCCCAACUCAAGCUACGUCUGCACUCUUUCUUCUCCCCUGCCAAACGAGUGAAAAAACGAAGUACAAAGAUCGAUAUUCGCCAGCCGCCGACGGUUACAUAUACGAAACGACGUAGUUUAAAGUAAAUGAAAGAAAUGAACGAAUUUGAAGUAGCCGAACUUGAAGAAAAGGAAGAAGCGGACGACGAAGAUUUUGAGAAUGAAAAUGAAAACGACGACGGCGAAGAAGAAGAAGGAGAAGACGAAGAGUAUGUUUUCAGGUUCAACAGCGGAGUGAAUCCGUUGGAUUUGACGGAAAAUAAUUCGUCCGGUCUCCAAACUUACCAGCAAUUCGAACGGCUCGAGUACGAAGCCCUAGCCGAACGCAAGCGCAAACGAAAACGCCAUGAUGAGACUAAUACUACUACUCAGAGUGAAGACAAUGUAGGCGGAAUGAGUAUGGAUGAGUUCAUGGAAACCUUCAAUUUCGGUUGUUUUCGAAGAAAAUCAAGAAAGCUCAAUAAGAAAAGAGGUAGGAGAAAAGGUUCAAAGAAUAAACAUAGUCCUGAAGUUACAAAAUUGCUUGGUGAAGCUACUCUUCACUAUGCUCAUGGUCGUUUUGAGCAGGCUGUAUCUGCGUUGAAUAAAGUUAUUUUACUGGCUCCUAAUUUGCCUGAUUCGUACCAUACGCUUGGACUUAUUCAUGACACUCUCGGUGACAAAAAUAAAGCCUGUCAUUUCUACGUUGUUGCUGCAAUUCUUUCACCGAAAGAUUCAUCUUUGUGGAAAGAACUUCUUGUUUGGUCUUUAGAAAAGGGAAACACAGGUCUAGCCAGGUAUUGCCUUGAUAAAGCAAUAAAAGCAGAUCCUAAAGAUAUUAGUCUAAGAUUUUAUAUCGCUUCAUUUUAUGUUGAGCUUGGAGAUUUUGAGAGAGCUGCCGAGUCAUAUGAACAAAUACACAAACUGUGUCCUGAUGAUAUUGAAGCUCUCAAAACAGGGGCAAAGUUGUACAUUAAAUGUGGUAAGAUUGAACGAUCUGUUGGCAUUUUGGAGGACUAUCUCAAGGAUCAUCCUUCUGAAGUUGAUUUGAGUGUGAUUGAUCAGCUGGUUGACAUACUCAUGAGUUCUAAUGCACAUGAUAAAGCUCUGCAACAUAUUGAGCAUGCACACAUGGUCUAUUUUUCAGGGAAAGAAGUGCCUCUAAAUUUAAAAAUUAAAGCAGGAAUCUGCCACAUUCAGCUUGGAAAUAUGGAGCAUGCUGAGAAUCUUUUCGGACUUUUGCGACGGGAGAAUGCAUGUGAUCUUACUGAUCUGAUUACUGAAGUUGCUGACUCAUUUAUGCGUCUUGAGCAUUAUAACUCUGCAUUGAAGUAUUAUCAUAUCUUGGAGGCAAAUGGUGGCAGUGACAAUGGCUAUUUACAUCUUAAAAUUGCUGAGUGUUACUUGUGCUUAAAAGAAAAAGGACAAGCGAUUAUUUACUUCCACAAAGCUGUGCAUAUGCUUGAGGAUAACACUGAUGCUCGGUUAAGUUUGGCUUCUCUCUUGCUUGAAGAUGGUAAAGAAGAUGAGGCCAUUGCUUUGCUAUCCCCUCCAAAAUUGUUAGAUUCUGUUGAUCAAAAUUCUGAUAAAUCUAAUCCAUGGUGGCUUACUGAAAAAAUAAUAAUGAAGCUUUGCCACAUUUAUAGAGCUAAAGGAAUGCCCAAAGACUUCAUUGCUACAAUCUUUCCCUUGGUUCAUGAAUCACUUUCUGUAGAAGCUCUAAGGCAAAAGGUUAAGGUAAAAAAGAGGCUACCAGCAAGCGUUGUCCAUGAAAGGGCCAAAGUACUCGAUACUCCACAAACUGAUAACAUACUGUGUGGAAUCAGACCAGUAGCUCCUAAAUCAGAUCUGUUGAAAGCUUCUAGAGCGAAGAAGUUGCUUCAGAAGAGGGCAAUUUUGAAGGAAGAAAAGAAAGCUUUGGCAAUGGCUGCUGGAGUUGAAUGGCAUAGCGAUGAUUCAGAUGAUGAUUCUCCGCAAGAAGUUGUUAGAGAGCCUCCCCUGUCUAAUCUCUUAAAAGAUGAAGAGCAUCAAUGUGUCAUCAUAGAUUUAUGUAAGGCAUUGGCAGCUCUGCGAAGAUACGAGGAAGCAUCCGAAAUCAUUAACCUCUCUUUGAGAUUGGCCUACAGCACAAUGCCUUUUAAGAAGAAGGAUGAGCUUCGGUCACUUGGAGCUCAAAUGGCAUAUGACAGCACUGAUCCUAAGCAUGGAUUUGACUGUGCAAGAUACUUUGUUCAGCAGCAUCCCUACAGUCUUGCUGCCUGGAACUGCUAUUACGGAGUAAUCUCCAGAUUGGGGAAAAGCCACUAUAAGCAUUCGAAGUUUCUACGCUAUAUGCGAGCCAAAUACAAAGAUUGUGCACCACCGCUUAUCAUUUCUGGGCAUCACUUUACCUUCGCUAGCCAUCAUCAGGACGCUGCAAGAGAUUAUUUAGAAGCUUAUAAACUGUUGCCUGAGAAUCCAUUGAUUAAUCUAUGUGUGGGGACGGCCUUAAUCAACUUAGCCCUUGGAUUUAGACUUCAAAACAAGCAUCAAUGCCUCGCACAAGGCUUAGCUUUUCUCCACAAGAAUUUGCAGCUUUGUGACAACAGCCAGGAAGCUCUAUACAACAUUGCUCGAGCAUGUCACCAUGUUGGCCUGGUGUCUCUGGCAGCUUCAUAUUAUGAAAAGGUACUUACAAUCAAGGAAAAGGAUUACCCCAUCCCAAAACAUCCAACUAAGAAUCCAGACCGUACUCAAAAUCAGGAAUCAGGUUACUGUGAUCUUCGCCGUGAGGCAGCUUUCAAUCUGCACUUGAUCUACAAAAAAAGUGGAGCAAUUGAUCUUGCCAGGCAGGUCUUGAAAGAUCACUGCACGCUUUAGAUUAUUCUUCUGGAGACUCACUGCCAAUGUUUGUGGUAUGUUUACUGUUGUUAAUAGUGUAUUUUGUGCAUAUUAAGCUAUAUGGUUAGAUUGUUUGGAGUAAUUUUAUGGGAUUUUUUUUCUUAUAUUCUCUUUUUCGGUUAACAUUACCGAACCAGUAAUCUAGUAGUGCCCUUGUACUAUAAAAAGAAUUGAAUAGAUUUACCUUGUACUAUAAAAAGAAUUGAAUAGAUUUAAGUUAGUUUAAAAUCUGAUUAGAUAUAAUUAUUAACGAUGCUAUUUCUCU